UAAGGUAGCUUGUUGCUGCUGCUGACGUCCUUGCAAUCGAGCAAGCAUUAUUGCAUAAAACGCAACAAGCAGAUUUAAUUUAACAGUUUUUUUGUUUGAAACAAUGUCUUUUGUUUCACAUUGCCAGAAAGACACAAAGGCAACGUACACUUUCUCGAGUCGGCCCAGGCCUGUGGAGAACCGCUCCAAAUACAGAGAAAAGCCGACAGAAAAGGCACACAGUACUUAUGGAAACAUCAUGUAUGAUCGCCGUGUCAUCAGGGGAAACACUUAUGCCCAACGUUUUCUAUCAACUAUGGUGCAGGAAGACCUCGCUGAAAUGCAAAGACACCAAGAAAUAAGGAGGAGGGCCACAGUUCAAACAAAGAAAACCAAGGAACAGCUGCGGUCUUCCACUCCGGAGGCCGUACAAGGCAGAACGCACAAUGUUGUGCAAACUGAACUUUAUCUGGAAGAGUUGAGCUACAACACUGAGGUUUCACACAUCGAGUGUCAAAUUGAUCCUCUCCUGGACAGACCAGCAACGCCGCUUUUUAUACCCGCCAAAUCGGGCAACGAUGUUGCAACACAAAUAGUAGAGGGGGAGUUGUUCGACUUUGAUAGAGAAGUGCAGCCCUUGCUGGAGGUGCUGGUGGGGAAGACCAUUGAGCAGUCUCUGCAGGAGGCGAUGGAGGAGGAGGAGCUGGCCUGUCUGAGGACCCAGCAUAGGGCCUUUGAGGAGCUCCGCAAUGCCGAGUUGGCUGAGCUGCAGCGCCUACAGGAGCGAGAGAGGCGCCACAGGGAGGAAAAGGAGCGCCGUAUUGCCCAACAGAGGGAAGCACUAAGGAUGGAAAAAGAGACUGUGGAAAAGAUUGCAGCACAAGCCUACACCCAGCAGUACUUGGUUGAGCUUGUCCCAACAGUUUUUAAGUCCCUCAGGAUCAAUGGCUACUUCUAUGACCGAGUGGAGAAAGAUAUUGAGAGAAACUUUUUCCCAUGGCUAAUGGCUGAGGUGAACAACAAAUUAGAAAAGAGAAAUACUGCAAGGCAAAUACUGGAUACAAUCAUCCAUGAUGUGGCCCUGAAAAAACUUCCUCUCUAUACACAAUUAGAAUCACGGCUAGAGACGUAGAGGCUUGUAUUCUUAAAAAAAUAAAAAUAAUAACGACCAUGUUUGUGAUUAACAUGUAACGUAAAGAGACGCUUUGUCUUAGACAUGCAGUGUUCUACCCCCUACUUGCAAAGUUUUAUCAUAUUUCUUUAUAUUUCAUAAUGAUCUCUUCUAAAAUUGCAACAUAAUGCAAUCAUGCAUAAAAAUAACUCAGUUGUAACACAUGAAAGUCGUGCUACCUACCUUUGUUGUGAACGUACCAAUAUGGAUUAAAACCUG